GUSAAUCCMUCWAUCAGACCAUCWGUCAAUCCCUCUGUCAAUCCCUCUGUCAAUCCUUCGAUCAGACCAUCUGUGAAUCCAUCUGUCAAUCCUUCUGUCAAUCCCUCAAUCAGACCAUCAGUCAAUCCAUCGGUCAAUCCAUCUGUCAAUCCCUCAAUCAGACCAUCAGUCAAUCCAUCGAUCAAUCCCUCCGUCAAUCCAUCAGUGAAUCCAUCAAUCAAUCCAUCGAACAACCCCUCUGUCAAUCCCUCCGUUAGUCCAUCGGUCAGACCAUCGGUCAAUCCCUCAGUCAAUCCAUCUGUCAAUCCAUCAAUCAAUCCCUCCGUCAAUCCAUCGAUCAGACCAUCGGUCAAUCCAUCUGUUAACCCAUCGAUCAAUCCAUCGGUCAAUCCCUCAGUCAAUCCAUCGAUCAACCCAUCGGUCAAUCCUUCAGUCAAUCCAUCGAUCAGACCGUCAGUCAAUCCCUCAGUCAAUCCAUCGAUCAAUCCAUCUGUCAAUCCCUCUGUCAAUCCAUCGGUCCAACCAUCAACGACACCAUCCUACAGACCAACAUGGCAACCAUGGAACCCUGACCACCAGGUCACCAUCGAGCCCAGCCCCUUCCCCGGAAAGCUCCAGUCUGGCCGCCAGCUCAGCAGCAGCCGUAUCAACAUCAACUACGACUACCAGGAGGACGUUAAUCGCAGGGAGCGCCUCGUUAAGCCCAACCAAGAGUUCCUCGACGGCCUCACCGCAACCUUCAACACCCAACCCUUCUUCCACAUGGCCACCGAGCUCACGACAUCCGAUCAGUUCAACAUCACCAUCAUCACUCAGACCACCAUUGACCGUCUGGAGCGUAUUGCCUGGAUGGCCGACCGCUGGUUGGCACCCCUCU